AUGGAUAACAAACUUCACCCAACCUCUUCCAACAUUAAAAGCUUAAUCCCGAUAACCCUAGAGAUGGAUAACAGUCACUAUGCAUCCUGGAGCAAACUCUUUCAUCUCCAUUGUCGUGCCUUCCAAGUGCAUGAUCAUCUCUCUCCAAGACCAGCCGUCAAAUCCUCCUCCUCUUCGAAGUAUUCAGACAAAGAUAAGCAACCUAGAGCAGUUGAUGAUUCUUGGGAUCGAUUGGACGCUAUCUUCUUACAGUGGAUCUACGGAACGAUCUCUAGUGACCUCUUGCACACCAUACUCAGACCUAAUGCUAGUGCAUACGAGGCAUGGGUGGCUCUUAAGAAUAUCAUUCAAAAUAACAAGAGUGCUCGCGCAAUUCACCAACUUCACAAGUUCUCCAACACCCGUCUCAGUGGGUUUCCAUGUGUCUACGCAUACUGUCAGCAGUUGAAGGUUCUUGCAGACCAACUUGCAAAUGUUGGUUUCCCCGUUGAUAAUAAAAGCUUGGUGUUACAACAUUAG